AUGACGAGCUCCAUCUAUGCCCGGCAAUACGAAAGGCAGACCCUAGAUGACUUUGACCGCAAGUUGGGGCUGGGUGUAUCAAUAUGCAUUAUGAUCAUCGCUCUUCUGUCCUUCGUCGCCAGAAUUCUGUGGUCCAAACGUCGAGGUCACCGCAUCCUCAACCUGAACUUUGCUUUGAUUGUUCUCGCUUUGAUCACGGGGCUUAUCGCUAUUGCUCUCUUCAUCAGCUUCGCUGCCGCGUCGAGUGCGGUGUGGCUUCUCUACAGCCUCGGUCAAUUCUUCGCAUCUAUAGCGACAGGAUUGUCCGCCGUUUCGAUUGUCGGCGUCUUGUUCAGAAAGCAAUUCUCGACAAGCCAUUGUGCUUUGGUUGCCAUCUUGUACCUGAUUGUCAUCUGUAACGCACUUUCGAAUGCUUACUAUAUGGCACGCCACUCUGGCGAACUGUACAACAAAGGCGGUAGGAACGAGGUCUAUACCAAUUACGUGGAUGUCUACGUCUACGUCUAUGACGCUUAUGCCUACGACAACGGCGAACGCUCCCCUGGCGUCACUGCAAGCAUCCCCGCCCUCUUGAUUUUCCUCACUGCAUUCGUCACUGCCGUUUUCCAGCCCCAGAGUAGCCCAGCUAAGCCUGAAGAGACCGAAACCAAAGAGAACCAUGCUGCGCCAAGUGACCAGGUUGACGGUCCAGCGUCGUGUCCACCCAGCACCAAAGGCAAUCCCCAUGACUCGAUGUUCAUCAUCCAGGGGGCCAGGGUGCCUGGGUACCGAGAAUCGACAGGACAGGACGUUCGACGCGCUCGUGAUUUCCACCAGAGCCCUCCUCCCACCGGUAUCCUCAGGACGAUUAGCGUCGACGUUGUUGUAGAAGACCGGGAGGAGGACGAGUGGCAUGAUGCUGAGGGACAGCGUGGCCCUCGGGGCUGGGAGGCCGCGCUGCGCCGUGGCCCGCAAUGA